AUGUUCAAGCGUGCGGGCAAAGACCGUACCAGAGAGGCCAUCAGAUGGCGUGUGCAGCAGUAUGGUCCCGUCAAACAGUUUGAAGAGCACGGCAUCUCAUUCCACGAUCUCUCCCCAGCCUUCGAGAGAGAGAUUGCAGCACAGACGCGCCGGAUUCUCUUAGGGUCGGGUCCUGCGGCAGCCAGCGAGACCGGUACUGCGAUAGUUCGGCAGAAGAUACGCGAGGCGAGUCUAAUAGAAGCAGCAAAUUCUCGAAUGAAUGCUAACAGUAUCGAAGUCGGCGCGUACAACGAGAGCGAAGAAGCGCGCUGCCUCACACGAUAUCGAGACCCGCGCACGGAAAAGGCUUCCAAAGACACCCGCGGGUCGCCCACGGGGUACAAAGACAAGUCCAUGGAAGAUAGUGGAGGAAGAGGAGCGGGCCGACGACAGGUCGAUGGCUCAGGACGCUCUGGUGGCGAGGAGCUCCGCAAGAUCCGCGGGUAG